AUGACUUUUCAGCAAGAUAAAUUUGUUAGAUUUCAGGACUGGAAUUCUGAGAUGAACUCUCCUGGAAUUCACGUGACGCGUUCAGGGAGAAUUAGAACUACACUAAAAUCAGUUUCUAGGAAGUUUCAAAGGGGCUUUGAAUCUAGUUCUGAGAGGAUAAAGGGAUUUGCGAAACCAUUCAAAUCUUUUUCCCACCACAGUUUGCUUGCUAGGUUUUUUAGUUCUGGAAAGGAAAUCCUUGACCCGCAGGGUCCUUUUCUUCAAAAAUGGAACAAAAUAUUUGUGUUAUCUUGUCUUAUUGCUGUAUCAAUUGAUCCUUUGUUCUUUUAUAUCCCUAUGAUUGAUGAUGACAAGAAAUGUCUUUCACGAGACCGAAAAAUGGAAACUACGGCAACUGUUUUAAGGUCUUUCUCCGAUAUUUUUUAUAUUACUCAUAUAAUUUUCCAAUUUCGUACGGGAUUCAUUGCUCCUUCUUCUCGAGUGUUUGGAAGAGGUGUUUUGGUUGAAGAUUCUUGGGCAAUAGCAAAGAGAUAUAUGUCAUCGUACUUCUUAAUUGACAUUCUUGCCGUUCUUCCCCUCCCACAGGUGGUGAUUCUAUUUAUCAUUCCGAAGAUGAGAGGCUCAGAAUCACUGAACACAAAAAAUUUGCUGAAAUUUAUUGUCUUCUUUCAAUAUGUACCACGGUUUGUACGAAUAGCUCCACUAUAUAAAGAAGUCACAAGGACCUCUGGCAUUCUCACAGAAACAGCAUGGGCUGGAGCUGCAUUCAACCUCUUUCUUUACAUGCUUGCAAGUCAUGUUCUUGGUGCCUUUUGGUACUUGUUUUCUAUAGAAAGAGAAACCACAUGCUGGCAAAAUGCAUGUGGAAAAAAUAGCACCUGUAUAAAGGCUCAAAUGUAUUGUGAUGAUCGUCAUGGUUUGGGCAAUAUUUCAACAUUCCUAAAUGCUUCAUGCCCAAUACAGAAUCCAAAUACAACACUUUUUAAUUUUGGAAUUUUCCUUGAUGCCCUUCAAUCUGGAGUUGUGGGUUCAACCGACUUCCCACAGAAAUUUUUUUAUUGUUUCUGGUGGGGUCUAAAGAAUUUGAGUUCCCUUGGUCAGAAUCUGGCAACAAGUACUUUUGUUUGGGAGAUCUGCUUUGCAAUUUUCAUUUCCAUUGCUGGUUUGGUAUUAUUUGCAUUCCUCAUUGGAAAUAUGCAGACAUAUUUGCAGUCAACAACUACGAGAUUGGAGGAGAUGAGAGUGAAAAGGAGAGACGCGGAACAGUGGAUGUCUCAUCGACUACUUCCGGACAGCUUGAGAGAAAGAAUCAGACGACACGAGCAAUACAAAUGGCAAGAAACCAGAGGAGUUGACGAAGACAACUUGAUUCGCAAUCUUCCCAAGGAUUUGAGAAGAGACAUCAAGCGUCAUCUUUGCUUGGCUUUACUAAUGAGGGUGCCAAUAUUUGAGAAAAUGGACGAGCAGCUUUUGGAUGCAGUGUGUGACUGCCUCAAACCAGUACUUUAUACAAAAGAAAGCUGCAUUGUCCGCGAAGGAGAUCCUGUCGAUGAGAUGCUCUUCAUAAUGCGCGGCAAAUUAUUGACUGUGACAACAAACGGUGGAAGAACAGGUUUCUUUAACUCGGAAUACCUCAAAGCUGGUGACUUCUGUGGAGAGGAGCUUCUCACAUGGGCAUUAGAUCCUCGUUCCUCGGCAAACCUUCCCAUCUCAACCAGAACUGUCCAAACACUUUCAGAAGUGGAAGCAUUCGCUCUAAAAGCCGAGGAUUUGAAAUUUGUUGCAUCACAAUUUCGGCGCCUUCACAGUAAGCAGCUUCGCCACACUUUUAGGUUUUACUCUCAACAAUGGCGGACAUGGGCUGCAUGUUUCAUACAAGCAGCUUGGAGGCGCUAUUGUAAAAAGAAACUUGAAGAAUCUCUCAGGGAAGAGGAAAAUAGAUUGCAAGAUGCAUUGGCCAAGGAAGGUGGUAGUUCACCUAGCCUAGGUGCUACAAUAUAUGCUUCAAGAUUUGCUGCUAAUGUGCUUCGAGCUAUUCGGAGAAAUGGCACAAGGAAAACUAGGGUGCCAGAGAGGCUACCUCCAAUGAUGCUCCAGAAGCCGGCCGAACCCGAUUUUACUGCUGAAGAGCAAUAG